AUGCCUUCCGUCGCUGAAAACCAGAUUCGCACUGCCAAAGAUCUCUUCGAGGGAUACAACGAGUAUACUGCUGACGCAGUCCUUCGUUCUCGUGCCGACAAUUGCGUUCACUACAUCCUCCCAACCUCGCUCAACCGUCCAUCUAAAACCAACGAGGAGUACCGUGAAUUCUUUGGUCCUCUACAGAAGGUUAUGCAUCGUUUUGAGACCACCAUCCACAGAAUUGUCAACGAUCCCGAGAACCACUGCGCAGCGGUUCACGCCUCCGGAAUUGGAGAAUCACCUGUUGCUGAAUACAAGAAUGAGUAUGCAUUCUUCUUGGAGUUCAACGAGACUGGAGACAAGAUUACCAAAAUUGAAGAAUUCGUGGACGCUGCGUUCAGCAAGAACUUCUUAGCCAAGGUACUUGAGUGGCAAGCAAAGCAGAACUAG